CAGGUUUAGAUGAGUGCUGUUUCCAAGGCGAGAGUCUGGGAGGGAGCGUGUCCCUUUCUGACGGUAGAAGAUGCUGCUGAAUGUGGUGGAGCUCUACUAACCCUCUGGUAGAUCAGGAAGAGUGGUUAGAAUAAGUAGCUGCAGGGUGCUCCAAGUGCUGUGGAUUCUCCUCUCCCAGAGAGGAAGUACAAGCAGGCAUUGCCAGUUCCCAGACAGUGGUGGGAAGGCCUAGGGCAAAAGCUUAGAUUUCUGAGUCUCGGAGCUGUUGUGCCUCUAGCUAGAAUUGUAGUUUUGUCCCUAGCAGCCCUUUUGAGUUUCAAUCUUUCCUAGCCAUCACUGUGUCUCCUCAGCUCACGUCACGGCGGAGGGGGAAACCAAAAUCACAGCACUGGCUAUCAAACCCAGCAGCCCCACACUGAACUUCGCUCCCAGACCCAGUUCUGAUUCUUAGUUCUGGUUUUUUUAAGAGAAUGUCUGUGCUGCACCGUUUGCCACCUGGGUGGCUACUGGAUCAUCUUUCUUUCAUUAACAAGGUCAACUAUCAAAUUCAGCAGCAUCAAGAGCCUUCCUGCAGUAGAAACAAGCCCACUUCUUCUGUCGACCUGGAUUCUCUUCAGAUGGAUGGCGCAUCUCCUUCUGGAGCUCCUACUACAUGCUCUACUCCUGACUCUACUGCAGUGCCAGCCAAUGAAAUGAUCACCCAAAACUAUGCUUUCCGACCUGAGCUCUUUAAUGUCAGCAAACCUCACAUCACUUCAGCUGUUCACAAAGAAGGCCAGCAGAGUGGCCAGAAUGAGGAUUUAGUGACUGGCGCCAAGCAAGACGUCUCCAUUUCUAUUGGCAAGAAGCGUAAAAGAAGUAUGGCUUUCAAUCAAGGUGAAUUGGAUGCUAUGGAAUAUCAUACAAAGAUCAGAGAGCUGAUUUUGGGUGGAUCCUCGCAGUUAAUCCAAGAAGGUCUCAAAAGCGGUGUUCUCUGCCCAGUUGUCGAAACCCAGCAUGGAAAUAGUGGCCGCCUCCCUUUACCACUCGAUGCUUGCAACUUGUCAGAAUUAUGUGAGAUGGCAAAGCACUUGCCUUCCCUCGAUGACAUGCAUCUUCAGACGCUCCCGUUGACAGAAGAUGAUAUGUCUGUUAUAGAGCUGGAUUUAUGGUCACAGGUCAUUGAAAACAACUCUAGCUUUUCCAGAAUGAUUACUUUAAUGGGACAGAAGUACCUGCUACCACCAAACAGCAGCUUUCUCUUGUCUGACAUUUCUUGUAUGCAGCCACUUCUGAACUGUAGUAAGACGUUUGAUGUAAUUGUGAUUGAUCCACCAUGGCAGAACAAAUCAGUUAAAAGAAGUAACAGGUACAGUUGUUUAUCACCGCAGCAGAUAAAGCGCAUGCCUGUUCCUAAGCUGGCUGCUGCUGACUGUCUUGUUGUUACUUGGGUGACCAACAGGCAGAAGCACCUGUGUUUUGUGAAGGAGGAACUUUAUCCUUCGUGGUCUGUGGAAGUCAUUGCAGAAUGGUACUGGGUAAAAAUCACCCGUUCAGGGGAGUUCGUGUUCCCAUUGGAUUCUCCACACAAAAAACCUUAUGAGUGUCUUGUACUGGGGAGAUUUCGAGAAAAAACUGCUUUAGAGUUAAGAAGUACUGAAAGACUACAUCAAGCCAGGCGGGCAGUGUUUGGAAUUGUUUGCUCGGAAUUUACAGCCAGGCUGGAUGAGUUGGGGCAACGAAGUCCUCAAGUUUCAGCACGUGGAUUAUUUCAUUGCUCUGGAGUCUGGACACUGACUGUAAAAGUUGUGCUGCCUUUACCCCAGCUCCUUCGACUCAUCUCUCCUUGGACCAGCCAGUGCGUGCAGACAUAUCAACUUUUAUACCAGUGUGCUCAGAAAUGCAAUUUCCAACAAGUGGCCAAACUUUCUGUAAUUUUGAGAUGAAUUCAAUUCUACUUCAGUUGAUAUCCCACACCAUCCUAGAUUCUCUCCAAUUAAAGAGGUAAGCAAUUGGUAGAAAGACCUGCCUCUGCUGCUGAACGAAUUCAGAAAGCACGUACUGUGGACUCCAGGUCAUGGAUUUGCCUAUGGAGAUUGUUUAUUUGGUGGUAUUAAAAAAUAAAUGGUGCCGGGCGGUGGUGGCGCACGCCUUUAAUCCCAGCACUCGGGAGGCAGA